AUGGGGCAACAGGUUAAGUGGCCUCCAAAGAUGAAAGCACCUGACUCGUUCCGGAACCCGGAACUUUGGUGCGACUUCCACCGCGAUCAUGGCCACAAAACCGAAGACUGUAUCGCCCUGAGGAUCGAGGUCAACGAACUACUCCAAAAGGGGCAUCUCCGAGAAUUCCUCUCAGAGAAAGCCAAGGCCCAUCUCAGCAAAGAGACAGCGGGGAAAUCCAAAGGAGCCGCACCAGCCUCACCACCUCGCCAAGAUCGGGUGAUCCAUGUCAUAUCCGGAGGCUCAGAAGUAAGCAGAGUGAGCCACGCAACCGCAAAGAAAAGCACCCGCAACGCUAAGCAUGGACUGGAAACGACCCAACCGAAGCGCCUACUUCUAGGCACCGACGAGAUAAGCUUUGCAGCUAAGGAGCAAGAGAAGAUCCUAGCUCUCCACCAUGAUGCUCUAGUUAUCUCUCUCACCGUAGCAAAUUUCCUGGUGAAAAGAAUACUAGUAGACAACGGCAGCUCCAGCAACAUUAUCUUCCAGACGGCGUACCAAGAUCUCGGGUUGGAGGAGAGCACCCUGACGCGCAAGGUAAUCCCACUCAUUGGGUUCAGCGGCGAGGUCAAGCAAACCACCGGAGAAGUUAUCCUCCCAGUAUACGCUGAAGGGGCCAACAUGUCUACCAAAUUCCUGGUCGUAGAUUGGCAAUCGGCAUACAACAUGAUCUUGGGACGACCCUGGAUUCACAACAUGGGAGCGGUCCCUUCAACCCUUCAUCAGAUGGUGAAGUUCCCUACACCCUGA